AUGCAGAUGGCCGCCCGAUCGAAUUUGAGACCUGACACUGCUGACGCUGACACUCGUGACCAGUGGCUUAUUCGCGACGCUGCUGCUCGCCUAGCUGUGCGAAACCACCUACCACUAGCCGAGCGCGCGCACUUUAGCCAGCAGAAAACCGCCAAGGACCUGUUCGACGCAGUCGUAGCUCGCUACAGCUCGCCUGCCACUGCUGCGCUAGGCCGUCUUAUCCUGCCCUACCUCUUUCCUGACCUGUCCGCCUUUCCUACAGUCGCUGAUCUCAUCAUCCAUCUCCGCACUAGCGACGCUAGGGUGCGUGCUGCGACCCCUGCCGACUUCCUCGCCAAGAACCCUCCCCCUAUUCACUACACCCUCUACCUCCUAGUCACUCGCCUCCCUGACUCUCUUCGUGCUGUCAGGGACACCUUCCUCGCCAUGGACCCCACUGAGCUCACUAUAGACCUCCUCGAAAAGCACCUUACUGCGGCCGAGGUUAGCAUUAACACUGUAGGCGCUUCUCGAGGCACUCCUCGCACCCCCUUCUUCGAGGGGUGUUCCCCCUCUCCCCUCCUCCCCUCUGUCGCCACUGCUGCUGCUGUCGACCUCCUUGGUGCUGAGGAGGUUGGGGUUGCGUCUGCUUCCAGUGGCAAGCGCCGCAGCGGCAAGGCGAAGGGUGGCAGGGGUGGUGGGGGUGGUGGGGGUGGGGGCGGUGAUGGAGGCUCGGGUGGUGGCGGCGGGGGUGGUGGGAGCGGCGGGGGUGGGAAUGGGGGUGUUGGGUCGUUGGGGUCGGCGGUGGCGGCGGCAGUGGGGGUGGCAGCGGCAGAGGUGGCGGUGGUGGGAGUGGCAGCGGAGUCGGUGGCGGUGGUCGCAGUGGUGUGGCCCAGCGCGGCGGCUCUGGAGGCAGCCAGGCACAGCAGCAGCAGCGCCAGCGCCUGCCCCCUUCCUGACUGCUCUGAACUGCCCAACUGGGCUGAUCUGCUUAGGAGGGGAGUAGAGAUCUUUGAUCUUGACUAUGAUGCUAUCCUUGCUGCCAUGUAUGCAUUGACUGUUAGUGCUGAGGGUGACUGUUACCUGUGUGUUCCGCCAGACCCUGGUAUAGAGGCUGCUGCUCCAGGUGCUUGUGAGUCUGCUGCCCUUGGUGCUUGCGAGUCUGCUGCCCUAGGUGCUAGUGAGUCUGCUCUCUCAGGUACUGCGCCUACUGAGGCCUUGUACACUUUCACGCUAGACUCAGGUGCCUCCCGCUGCUUCUUCCGCGACAGCACCAUAGUCACACCGCUCUCUGCACCGGUUCCGGUCUCCCUUGCUGACCCCUCUGGGGGACCUGUCCUUGCACGUUCCUCCACUGUCCUCCCCUGUCCGGCGGUCCCGUCUGGCUCACUUACAGGUCUCCACCUCCCCUCGUUCUCUACGAACCUGGUGAGUAACGCCGUCAUCCAGGAUGAGUGGGUUGACACCUUCACCCCUGGAGGACGUCGUGUGGCGAUCUGCACGUGUGCCCGCACGGGCCGCCACCUGGCCACGUUCACCCGUCGGCCUGGGUCGAGUCUGUACACCCUGACUGUCGGGUCUCCCCAGGUUGCUGCUACUACCUGA